AUGUCUGGACUCACCUUGAAGCACUUCAUACUCAAACAACAGGCUCUCAACCUGUACCGCUCAGCCAUACGGGCCACAAGAUCCAUUCCUGACAGGAAUGCGAGGGCAGAAACUAUUUCCUGGAUCCGCAGUGAGUUUGUGCGAAACCGCUACAUGAACGAUGUGAAACUCAUCGAGGACAGGAUAUCCUCCGGUCGUAGAGAACUCAGGCAAAUACUUCCAACGGCAUAUGUACCACCGUCUUGA